CUGUUCUAAAAUCGUUCUCUCCAAUAGAAAUCUCACUCACCCCUAUCAGUAUGUGAUAAAAAUCAAUAACCAAUUAAUAUGAAAUGUACAUUACGAAAUUAUGGAAAGUCAAGUCCGUACCAGAAAUAUGUCAAAAAACGCGAUUGAUGAUAAGCAUAUUUCUGACAGUACGUCAACUUCGUUUAUAGUGAGAGCUUUUUGAAAGUACCCAAAUGAAAAUUGUGGAUGGUUUUUUGAAAUGGUAGAAACUGCGUUGCUUUUAUCCACCGGAAAACCGGCAGAUUUUUCUUUUCGGCGUUUGAGGACUAUCAACGUGUCAAAAUUCAUGGAAACCAUAGGACUUCAAGGUGUGAGAUUUUCGAGGAUGAACGGUGUUCCAGAAAAAGGAGCGAAUAAAAAAUUUCUCACUAAGUCCAUUUUGAUGAACAACAAUGAACUUAAGAAUUUCAAGCACAUAGACGAUUUGGUGGAAGCAGUUUUGGAGUAUCCCAGUCAGCUAGGCUGGAUUGACUUGUCCUUCAAUAGAAUUACAGAAAUAGAUGAGUGCAUUCUCAAAUUCAAAUCGUUGAAAAUUUUGUAUUUUCAUGGAAACUGCAUAUCAGAUUUGGAUCAAGUAUUCAAGUUGAGGUCUCUAGAACAACUGAGGAGUGUCACAUUUCAUGGGAAUCCUAUAGCAAAUCAUCCACGAUACCGUAGCUAUGUCAUUACGGUUUUAUCGCAGAUUGCUAAUUUGGAUUUCAUGCCAGUAGUUAAGAAUGAAAAGUUGCAUCCUGCACCUAGAGAAGCUGUUAAGAAACUAAAGAAGAAACCGAAGACUAACACAUCAAAAUCAAAUAACGAUGGUUUCAGUUCAGAUAAGUAAUAUUUUUAUAGGUUUAUACUUGAAAUGAUUUCUAUGUUUACAUAUACUAUUAUAUAAAUAACUGAAUAUACGUGAUACAAUUCGA